AUGAGCGACCUGCAGCGAACAUGGGCUAAAGCCAAGUUCGGCGUCUCUAACGAUCCCUUCGAUGAACUCCAAGAGGAGCAGGGUCAGGAUGUACUCCCUGAGCUGCCAGAGCCUGUCGACGAUGACUCCUCCUCCGCCUCGUCAGCCUCGUCCGUCUCAUCAACUGGAACCAUUAUCCCCUCGCCCAACCAAAAGCUGUUCGCUCGACCUCAAGGAGUCGCCCGUGGCAGGACCUUGGAGCAGAUUCCCUGGACAACUUACUUUGAGCGCGAGGUAUCGUUGAAGUCGGAGCAAGAUCCGGAAGUCAUUUACCAUGCUUAUUUGACAUCGCCCGUGGGCAAGGGGCCACUGUUUGUGAUGCAUCAUGGAGCCGGCUCAUCUGGACUGUCAUUUGCUGUUGUGGCUUCUCAGAUAAGAAAGCGCAUUUCGACGGCGGGUAUCCUGGCCUUGGACUGUAGGGGACAUGGUUCGACAUAUGCCCCUGAAGACAAAGCGUUUGACAUGAGAUUGGAUACGCUCUCAUCAGAUCUGUACAAUGUCGUCCAGCUCACAAAGACUGAGAUGUCAUGGCCAGAGAUGCCCCCGAUAGUGCUCGUGGGGCACUCACUAGGCGGAGCAGUCGUAACUGAUCUGGCCAAGUCCGGGAAAUUGGGUACAUCAGUUCUGGGCUAUACAGUGCUGGAUGUUGUCGAAGGCUCUGCUAUUGAUGCACUGCAGAGCAUGCACACCUACUUGUCUACGAGACCUCUGGGCUUUGCGACGCUGCAAGCAGGUAUCGAAUGGCAUAUUCGAUCACGGACAAUACGCAACUCCAUAUCUGCCCGCACGUCUGUUCCUGCGCUGCUCGUCUUCAACGAGAACGACGACCCAACGCGGCCGUGGAGAUGGCGGACCAACCUGGGUGCAACGCAACCUUACUGGGAGGACUGGUUCGUAGGACUGAGCAAAAAGUUCUUGGAGGCAAGAGGAGGAAAGAUGCUUCUGCUCGCCGGAACGGAUAGAUUGGACACUGAGUUGACCAUUGGACAAAUGCAAGGAAAAUAUGCCCUACAGGUGUUUCCUGAGGCUGGCCACUUCAUUCAUGAAGAUUUGCCGGAAAAGACGGCAGUGUCGUUGGUCGAUUUCUUCCGCAGAAACGACCGCACUGCUCUUGUGCUUCCCCCGAAGGUAUCCGAUCUUAUCAAACAAGGCAAAAGAGUAUGA